AUGGAGGAGCAGCUCAGCCCGCUGGCCGUGACGCACCUGCUCCAGCACACGCUGCGCAGCCUCUGCGGCAACGACGACGCGCAGCAGUGGGUGUACGCCGUCUUCUGGCGGAUCCUCCCCAGAAACUACCCGCCCCCAAAAUGGGAUCUCCAGGGCGGCAUAUACGACCGGACAAGAGGGAACAGGAGGAACUGGAUCCUGGCAUGGGAGGAUGGAUUCUGCAACUUCGCAGCCUCUGCUUGUGACCACGAGGGCGCAGCUGCUGCUGUCGCCGCCGCCGCCGCCUACACGGAGUGUGCUGCCGGGCAGGAGCCCACCAAGGGCCUGCAGCCUGAGCUCUUUUUCAAGAUGUCCCACGACAUCUACAACUACGGUGAAGGGUUGAUAGGGAAAGUGGCAGCCGACCACAGCCACAAGUGGGUGUUCCAGGAGGCCCAGGAGCAUGAGAUCAACCUCAUCUCCUCCUGGAGCAACCCUGCCGACUCUUAUCCGAGGACAUGGGAGGCUCAGUUCAAGUCUGGCAUCAAGACCAUCGCUCUGAUCGCCGUCAGAGAAGGCGUCGUGCAGCUUGGCUCCAUGAACAAGGUGGCGGAGGACCUGAGCUACGUGGUGAUUCUGCGCCGGAAGUUCGGCUACCUGGAGAGCAUCCCGGGGGUGCUGCUGCCGCACCCGUCGUCGGCCGCGUUCCCGGCGGCGGCCCGGUGCGCCGUCGCUGGCCCCGCCGCGGACGCGGCGGCCUGUAGCUGGCCUCCGGGACUCGUCGUGCCGCCGCCGAUGGAGCUCUACGACCCCUACUCCCACCAGGCGGCGGCGGCGCAGAUGCACAUCGUGCCGUCGAUGAGCAGCCUGGAGGCGCUCCUGUCGAAGCUGCCAUCGGUCGACCCUGCAGCGGCCGGCAGCAGCGGCAUGGCGGCCGCGACGAUGGCCAGUAAACAGGAGACCGGCGGCGUGGAGCACUACGAGCGCCAUGGCGGCAUGGCCGACGUGGGCGCAGGGAGCGGCGGCGUCGCAGGCAACGGUGGCAGCGUUGCUGCCGCCGCCGCCGCCACUACUACUACUACUACUGCGGCCGCCGCAGUAUCUUACUACGUCAACGCGGCCAAGCCCAGCGAGGGAUUCUAG